AUGCGUACCAAGCAAACUCCAAGACUUCCAGGAUCGAGUCCGGGACUCGCACAUAUAGCGAAUAUCCCAAAUCAAUUUCAAAUUGAUAAACAACUUGAAGCAAAGUUGAGAGACCAAAUCAAGCAUCCAACAGGAAAAAAGAAGUCUGAUUCGAGUCAAAUGCAAAUCCGCGGGAACAAAGGAAAAAGAUCUAACCCACACCUAUAUGAGGAUUUGAAAACUCCCACCCCUGGUAGAAUACAUUUAGAUUUCCGAAACCGUGGUGACAAAAAUGUUAAACAUGGAGGGGGCUCGUUACCGGAAGUCAACCAAGAGAAUGCUCGUAAUGUAAUCCAAGAUGUCAAUAAAGAAGUGAUGGAUACAAUUGAUCGUGUUGUUGAAGAAGAAAAAGAUGAUGAAGAAGAGCAAGUAGAUGAAGAUCAAGGCAAUCAAGAGGAUGAAGAUGUAGAGGGUGAAGAGGAAGAAGAAGAGGAUGAAGAGGAAAAACAAGAGGAUGAAGAGGAAGAUGCAUUCUUAAUCACCUAG